GCAGGUCUUCGGGAGCGUUAGGGAUGUGGGUAGGACUGGUAGGUCAAGACCUGUCGGUUUCUCGAAAGUGGUGGAACUCCAGAGAAUCUCUCAUUUCAGAAAAGGGGCCGAGGUGUGAAUAACAGCUGACGUGAAGAUGAGCAGCUCAGAGGAGGUGUCCUGGAUUUCCUGGUUCUGUGGGCUCCGUGGCAAUGAAUUCUUCUGUGAAGUGGAUGAAGACUACAUCCAGGACAAAUUCAAUCUCACUGGACUCAAUGAGCAGGUGCCUCACUAUCGACAAGCUCUAGACAUGAUCUUGGACCUGGAGCCUGAUGAAGAGCUGGAAGACAACCCCAACCAGAGCGACCUGAUUGAGCAGGCAGCCGAGAUGCUUUAUGGAUUGAUCCACGCCCGCUAUAUCCUCACCAACCGUGGCAUCGCCCAGAUGUUGGAAAAGUACCAGCAGGGAGACUUUGGCUACUGUCCCCGUGUGUACUGUGAGAACCAGCCAAUGCUUCCCAUCGGCCUUUCAGACAUCCCAGGUGAGGCCAUGGUGAAGCUCUACUGCCCCAAGUGCAUGGACGUGUACACACCCAAGUCAUCGAGGCACCAUCACACGGACGGCGCCUACUUCGGCACCGGUUUCCCUCACAUGCUCUUCAUGGUGCACCCCGAGUACCGGCCCAAGCGGCCCGCCAACCAGUUUGUGCCCAGGCUCUACGGUUUCAAGAUCCAUCCAAUGGCCUACCAGCUGCAGCUCCAAGCCGCCAGCAACUUCAAGAGCCCAGUCAAGACGAUUCGCUGAUUCCCCAUCCCACCUGUCCCUCAGUCUUUGACACCUCCGAUCCUUUGCUGCAACCCUUUCAGGAACCCUCUAUGGUUUUUAGUUUAAAUUAAAGGAGUCAUUAUUGUGGUGGGAAUAUGAAAUAAAGUGGAAGAAAAGGC